AAAUCCAAGGCCGGUAAUCUAUUUAGUUUAUUUAAAUAGGUAGAAAUGUUUGAACGAGUUCAGUUCAGUUACAAUCAUGUGGUGGUGUAGGGCACUUGUGUUAAGUGCUGUGUUAGCGGUGUCAUGGGGCGCCGAGGACCUGAGCUUCCCUCCAGGGUUCAAGUUUGGAGCCGCCACCGCUUCCUACCAAAUUGAAGGAGCAUGGAACGUUAGCGACAAGAGCGAGAGCAUAUGGGAUCGCUUUGUCCAUGAAGAUCCAACAAGAGUCAGGAACCAGGAAAAUGGAGACAUCGCUUGUGACUCCUACAACCAAGUGGAGAGAGACAUCGAGAUAGCUGCUGAGUUGGGACUGGAUUAUUACCGAUUCUCACUGGCCUGGACUCGUAUCCUGCCGUCUGGUUUCCCGAACCGCAUCAGUAAGGAUGGCACAGCAUACUACAACAAGUUGAUCGACGGUCUUCUGGCGAAGGGCAUCCAACCUUUCAUCACUCUCUACCAUUGGGACUUGCCGCAGUCACUACAGGAUCUUGGUGGAUGGACCAAUCCCCUAAUUGCCGACUGGUUCGCGGACUACGCGAGGGUAGUCUUUUCCCUCUUCGGUGACCGCGUGAAGAUGUGGCUGACCUUGAACGAGCCUAUCGUCAUCUGCGACCUGGCUUACAACUCCGCUAGACUGGCUCCUGGGGUAUACAGCCCUCAUGUUGGCUCUUAUAUCUGUAACAAGAACGCUCUGCUGGCUCAUGCUAAGGCUUGGAGGAUCUACGAUGAAGAGUUCAAGCCGAAAUAUCAUGGUAAAGUAUCACUUGCCAACCAACUGAUAUGGUUUGAGCCUAAAACAGAAGCCGACGCUGAACUUGCUGAACUCACUAUACAGAAUAUGGCGGGCAGAUACUCUCAUCCAAUAUACUCCAAAGAAGGAGGCUGGCCACCAGCUAUCGAGAAGAUCAUGGAAAAAAUUAGCCUGCAACGAGGAUACCCCAGGUCCACCUUCCCAUCAUUCACACAAGAAGAAAAAGAUUUUAUUAGAGGUACCUACGACUUCUACGCGAUGAACCACUACACGAGCCGGUACAUCCGCCCAGCGACAGAGGGGGAAACCUUCAGGAUCUGGCCACUUGGUGACGCUGAAGAUCUCAAUGCUAAAAUAGAAGUCAAUCCAGAGUGGCCCAGAACUGCUUCUAUAUGGUUCUUCGUAAAUCCCGAAGGUAUCCGUAAACAGCUCGUUUGGCUGAAAGAAAACUACGGCGAUCUGGAGUUCAUGAUCACUGAGAAUGGAUUGGCCACUUUCGAUGGACUUGAUGAUACCAACCGAGUGGAGUACUACAGGGAGUACUUGAAACAGGUUUUGGUGGCUAUCAAAGAGUAUGGCGUGAACGUUACUCACUAUACAGCCUGGACACUCCUGGAUAACUUCGAAUGGGUUGAUGGUUACCAUUCAAAAUUCGGUCUCUACGAGAUAGAUUUCAACGACCCGCUGCGCACGCGCAGGCCGCGUCUCUCCGCGCACUGGUACAAGAAGGUCAUCAAGGAACACUCCCUUGACGUGUCUGUGACUCGAGAUGAACUGUAAUUUAGUUUUUAAUCUGUUUUAUAAUGCCCCUAUAUAAAACCUUCCCCUAUAUAGGGGGGGGGGGAGACCUGUGCCGAACAGUGACUUAGAGGCUGGUAUUAUAUUAUGUUGUAAUGAUGAAUGUGGAAAAAAAAUAAGUAAGAAUUACUG